GGAAGCAGAGGAAGAAUUCACUGCACCAUGAGACUCACCUGCUCUCUCUUACUCAUGGCAGUGUUCUGUGUGACACCUUUCUUCUGUCACAGUCAAAUUGAUCCACUGACUCUUGGGCGGGCCGACCCCCAGUGCUGGGAAUCCUCCUCGGCUGUUUUACUGGAGAUGAGGAAGCCUCGCAUUUCUGACUCUGUCAGUGGCUUUUGGGACUUCAUGAUCUUUCUGAAAUCCUCAGAGAACUUGAAACACGGGGCUUUGUUCUGGGACCUGGCUCAGCUCUUCUGGGAUAUCUAUGUGGACUGUGUGCUCUCCAGAACCCACGGCCUGGGGAGAAGGCAGCUGGCAAAAGCUGAGCAGAAGACUGCUACUCUACGUUCUCAGUUCACAGGGAGAAACCAAGGGACAUUUUCUCAUAUUCAGAGGUCACCAGUUCUGAAGAAGGACUCAUUUGAAGAUAUAAUAAGCAUCCAUAUAGAUAAGAGUAGAUCUAUAUUACUUGGAAGAAUCACUGGAGAGCUAGGAAAAAAGAGGAAAUAACACAUUUAGUCUGAGAUUCUGA